AUUAUAUUCAAUAUGUCUAAGUCAAUUCAGGGUUGGAUUCUCAAACAUAAGGGAUUCGUCAACUUUAUCAACCACAACCUUGCCGAGAGGAAAGGAGUCAUUGGAGGAAUUUUCAAAAGACUCAAAGUUGGACCAAGACAAAUGGGUAGACACACUCUUCCAUCAGCUAUCAAAUUCUUCAACCAUUACCUCGUUUUCACUUAUGGAGUAUUAGGAGCUUGCAGGCCAGUUUUAUCUAGAUUUAUUGGAAGCUCUCAUGGACCAUUAAACUAUACAGGAUUGAUGAUGUGGUUCUUAAUGACCGGAGCAAUCCUUAACAGAAUGAGAUUCCAAAGAAGUAGAGAUGUUUUCCAAUUCAACUCCGAAGAUGGUGCUGAAUAUUGGUACAGAGCUCUCAACAUGCUUUUCCCACCAAGCUACUUGAACAACAAGUUAUCUGCACAUUACAUCGAAAUCAACCAGAUCUAUACCACUGAAAUGUUUAAGAGAUAUAGAAAAGCAAGACAAGAGAUUUUAGAAGAGAGAGAAAGUGUCAGUGACAAAGAAAAGAGAACAAGAUACAUCACCAACCCCAACUAUGUAUAUGAGCCACUUGGCAAAGACACUAACCUUGUGAGAGGAGUUAUUUACAAAUAAAU